AUGACGUCGCUCCUGGACCCAUCUCGCCAGGCCCUCGGAUACUCCUUCUCCGAACCAACAGCUGCUCCUGUUCGACAGCAUGGAUUUUACCCAUAUACCGACAACGGUGGCUCGACCCUAGGCAUCACAGGAUCUGAUUUCGCAAUCCUCGCUGGCGACACCCGCUCCACAUCAGGAUACAGUAUCAACUCUCGCAUGGUUCCAAAGGUUUUCAAAAUUGGUGGCGAUGAUGAGACCGGCGAGGGAGCCCAAAUUCUUCUCUCAGUAGUUGGCUUCGCUGCCGACGGUACUGCCCUCAAGGAACGACUGGACGCUGUGGUGAAGAUGUACAAGUACCAGCACGGAAAGGCCAUGUCCGUCUCGGCCUGUGCUCAACGAUUGUCCACAAUUCUCUACGGCAAGCGUUUCUUUCCUUACUAUGUGCACGCCAUUUUGGCCGGUCUGGAUGAAGAAGGCAAAGGAGCUCUGUACAGUUACGACCCCGUGGGUUCGUACGAGCGCGAGCAAUGUCGCGCUGCAGGUGCGGCAUCCAGCUUGAUCAUGCCUUUCCUGGAUAACCAGGUCAACUUCAAGAACCAAUAUAUCCCUGGUAGUGGAGAAGGUCACGCACUGGAACCUAAAAAGGCCGAGCCUCUCCCCCGCGAGACAGUUGAACGGUUGGUUCGGGAUGCCUUCACAAGUGCCGUGGAACGUCAUAUCGAGGUUGGUGAUAACUUGCAAAUGCUGAUUAUCACCAAAAAUGGAAUCGAGGAAGUGUUCCACCCUCUGAAGAAGGAUUAG